AUGACUAUUCUUCUAUGGCGUUUGCCCGAGCACGAGCGUAACUGCAUCAUCCUCAUCAUCGCAUUGCUUGCCUUGAUAGCUCUUGAUAUCGAUGCAGAAAUGUCGGAAGAGGAAAGGGAAGAGGAAGAGCGCGAACGCGAACACCGCCGGCGCCAACGCGGCAAGAAGAGACGUCGCUAUUCGACUCCCAGUAUGGAUUUCGACUCGCCCUUCGCUACAGAGCCCAUAAGGCAGCCAGAUUUUAAACGGUUCGGCGUAAAUCUCAUUUCCGUGAGUCGUGCUGACCCGUCGAAGCCUGCGUUAAGUCCCAUUUCGAACCGCCACAGGCCUCCAAUCAAGGUCUCGAUCGAAUUAGCGUGA